AUGCAAAAAGGAAUGGACAACCUCGUGGACAGGGCGACGACUGCAGAGAAGAACUCCUUGCAUGCCUACACGAUGCUGAGCUCUCUGUCGUCGGGCAUUGAGGACCAGAAAAAGCUGAAGGACCAGAUGGCGUCUCUAAUGCAGAAGAACACAGAGCUGGAGGAGGCUGCAGCAGCGGCCCAGCAGCAGAUGAAGCAGUCUCAGGACCUCGCCGGGAAGCAGGCGGUUGGUCUGGCGGCAGCCGCAAAGCAGGACAAGGCCAGUCGCUCAAAGUUUGCACUGAUCGCUACUGACGGGCCCUGUGGACCGGACCAGGUUUCCGACGACAGGAUCGCGGAGCUCCAAGGAGACAAGAAGCUUCUGCAAGAGGAGAAGGCGAAGCUGGAGGCAGCUUUGCAGACUGCAAACAAGGAGUCGACGAAGCAGAGGGCCGAGGAUAUUAAGAACGCCAACUUCUUGCGGAAGGGCCUCAAGGAAAUGACCGAGAAGCAUGAGGAGGAGAUGAAGCUGAAGGCCAGGCAGAUUCGUGUAGACUUGUUGCGAGUGUGUCCUGAGAAUGCCAGCGCACGGUGCCAGGACGAAGCACGGAUGUCGUGCCGCGUUCUCCGGGAAAGUCUGGACAAAAGCCAAGAGUCGGAGAAGAAGCACAAAGCUUUAGUGUCGGCUUUGGAGAAGGACAUUCUCGUCAAGCUGGGCAAGGAGGACAGAGCCAAGGCGACAAUCAAGAAGCUCCAAUCGGAGCUCGCUGUUUCGAAGACGGCGGAAGCCGACGCGGAGGCAACCACGAAGCAUCUGAGAUCGGAGCUCCUCGCCGCGACCGCGCGAAGUGCAGAGCUCCUGAUGGAGGAGGAGACCAUGAGCUGCAAGCUGCUCGAGCAAGGUUUGGAGUACAUGAAGAUGGAGAGUCAGGACGCACUCCGAUCUGAGAUGAAGAUGCUACAGGAGGAAAUGUUGGCCAUGAACUUCUCCCAGCGGACCGCGGCGCCCAAGGAAGGACAGUCCGACCAGGUGAUCCCUGUUCAGGAGGACACAGAUCUGCUGGCAGUUUGCAUGUCCGAUAUCAACACUUGCACCGACCUGCUUCCCCGGGUAGCCUUUGACCUAU